AACCGCCCGCCGGCCGCGCAGGACCGGGGAUCGCGGAUCGCGGAUCGCCGCCCGGAUCCGGCCUGUAUUCCUGAUGCAAUUCCCAGGAUGGAAUUUGACAGCGAGACCACCCUGGUCCCUUGUGGGCAAGACAAAUUCAUCUCAAAGAAUGAACUCCUGUUGCACUUGAAGACAUACAACCUUUACUACGAAGGUCAAAACUUGCAGCUUCGGCAUCGAGAGGAAGAAGGCGAGUUCAUCGUGGAAGGGUCUCUGAACAUCUCCUGGGGUCUCUGCCGGCCCAUCCGCCUGCAGAUGCAGGACGACAACCAGCGCCUGCGCCCACCUCCUUCCUCCUCCUCCUGGCACUCUGGCUGCAACCUGGGCACCCACGGGUCUGUCCUUAAGCCUACGACGUUGCCUGAUAUUCAGGUCACGGAGGCCGAGCCCACAUCCGAAGGGGACCCGACGGAGGAGAAAGCAGAGGAUAACGAGUUCAAAGAUCAAUUAGAAGAGACGCCCCAACUCAUGCGGACACGGAGCGACGUGGGUGUGCGCCGCAGAGGGAACCUUCGCACCCCCAGUGACCAGCGGCGGAUCAAGCGCCACCGCUUCUCCAUCAAUGGGCAUUUCUACAAUCACAAAACGUCCGUGUUCACCCCAGCCUACGGCUCUGUCACCAAUGUUCGGAUCAACAGCACCAUGACUACACCACAAGUGCUGAAGCUGCUACUCAACAAGUUUAAGAUUGAAAACUCAGCGGAAGAAUUUGCUUUGUACAUUGUACACACCAGUGGAGAGAAGCAGAAGCUGAAGGGCACAGAUUACCCACUGAUUGCCCGCAUUCUGCAGGGGCCGUGUGAACAGGUCUCCAAGGUCUUUUUGAUGGAGAAGGACCAGGUGGAAGAAGUCACCUAUGACGUUGCUCAAUAUAUUAAAUUUGAAAUGCCUGUUCUAAAGAGCUUUAUCCAAAAACUUGAAGAGGAGGAAGACCGGGAAGUGAAAAAACUAAAGCACAAGUAUUCGGUGCUACGUGUAAUGAUUGAGCAAAGAUUAGAAGAAAUCUGCGAAGGUCCAGCAACAAUGUAAAGGCUUGGUUUGAAAGACUGCAGCCUUCUGGGGCUUCCCGGUUCCCAGCCAGGCAUCCUGGAUACAGAUUUCCUAGGGAAGACUCCUUCACUUGCUCUUAGCAACACAAAUGUCUCUUCUUCCAGGACUUGAAUGAGAGCAGCUUUGAGAACCAACCAUAUUUGCUCCUUCCCCAUUUAACAACGGUGAACUGGGUGGAGAAUCUGGGAAGACGGGGAGGAUAUCCCUCAGCACCAAGUGUUGAAAACAGGACAACAUCUCAAUGUCUUUUGGAGCUGAUGCUGGUAUUGGAUGACUGUCCUUGGAACCAGAGCUUGCUAGAUGAGAAGCCUCCAGAAGUCAUCCAGAGGUUUCUUCACACACCACAGUUCUCAAACCCUUUUAAACAAUUAUCCAGGAUGGGGGGAAGGGUGGUUUUGGGAGGGUGAGGAAAAAAAGAGAUUCUUAAUGGAAAACUGAGUUUUCCCUUCCCUUGACUUCUGCAGCUGAGCAGUACUAAACAUGGACAUUUGGUGGAGUCAAAGGAUUAAAAUGCUUUGAAUUCUUCACCUUGGUCUAUCCCUCCUCACCCUACCCUCCAUGUCUGGCCUCUGGGAUCAUCUCCCCCUCCCACCAUGCUCAUUGCCAUGUUUGUAAUGGCUAUGUUGGCACAACUCCUGACCUUGACCCAGAAGACUUCUUGGGUCUUCUUCUGAACUGAGCCUUGCCUUCUCUCCAGCUGUCCUGCCUUGGUACCCAACUUCUUCAAAGCAACCUGAAGAGAUGAAGUUGCCUGCUCAACAUAGGAAAUCUGCUCAGUUUGUUUGGUUCAUCAGUCAAGAGUACCCAGAUGGGCACAGGAUGUAGAGCCUUCAGAAAUCAAAAAUAGCAACAGCAAUAGACUUAUAUGCUGCUUCACAGUGCUUUUGCAGCUGUCUCUAAGCAGUUUACAGAGUCAGCAUCUUGCCUCCAAUGACCUCAUUUUACCCACCUCGGAAAGACAGAAGGCUGAGUCAAAAAUACUUCCUUGCCCUUCCUUUUUGCCUCUACCUUUCUCCAAGCAUCUGCUUCUUCUCUUCACAUUCACCUGCUAUUCCCUAAUACUUCGAUGUGAUAUGGUACUCAUUUUGUCCCUGGUUUGUGAAUUCCUUGACUGUGGGUGGUGGGGGCUGCUGGCAGCUGGCAGCUGGGGCUCAGGAACUUUUGACCCUUUGCAAGACCUUUCUUCCAAGGGGCUUCUGGCCAGACCACCCUGCUUUCUGCAGCCCUGCUUCUCAUAAACCCCAAAGUUGUAUGGUAGCAUCUCGGACCCAGCAGGGUUCAUGUGAGGCUCUUGGAGGCCCUUAAGUCCCUGCUGACUUUGGUCAGGCUAUGGAUACUCUGCUGCCACAGGCUGUGAAAACUGCUAGCAAGGACAACAAUGUGGCAUAAUAGUUAAGUAAGCAAGCAUGCUUGCUCCAGGCCUUUCGAAAAUGUCCCUUCCAUCUUAAAUACAACGUAUGGGUUAUUCUCAGGAACUCCACAGUUCUGUACAGUGUCACAAAAUUUCGAUCUAGGCUAACAAGUUAGAUUGCUUGUGAGAACCCAGCCACUGUCUUGCAAGUGAAACCAUGGCCUCUUCACCACAAGAUGGUUUAUAUUUGGGGCAUUGCAUGAGAUAGGGACCUAAUUUGACCAAAUGAUUUGGAUUAACCUAUGUGAACGUAGGAUGCCAUUUCCAUUGAGUUACACCGCAGAUGUUUGGAGGAGAUCCUCAGCGCUGACUGGCAGCAACCUCCCCACAGAGCUGGACUCUUUCAGAUCCACCUGGAGACCCCCACGGAUUGACCCCAGGAUCUUCUCUUUGCAAAGCAGAUGGAAUUAGUGGUGGACACGGUGGAUGAGAUAGAGAGAAGAAUGUUGCGAUCCAAUAGUGCAUCAAUUUUAUAAAGGCCAUAUAGAUCACAGGAAAUGGGGGGGGGGAAUUAGAUAGGCAACUCCCAUUAAUUGAUCAUUAAAAAGAUAGCUGAUUGGAGUUAAAACGAUGAGCUGUAAUAGGUAGCCGAACAACAGAGGCUGUAGAAACCAUAUCACUCUUUCUCACCCAUGUUUUUGGGACUUCGCUUGGGUCUUCAAGGAGAUCUGAGUUAGCCUUGCCACCUGGCGUCAAUCCCAAGAAAAAGUUGAUCAAGAGCAUUAUUUUAAAAGCCAUUUCCCUGGGUUACUCCCAUGGCUAUUGCAACAGUCUCCAUAGAAUACUACAGUUGCAUCCUCAGGGUAGUAAUGAAAAGGAGGAAGGCCUGCUGCCAUCUUUUUCUGAGAAGCUCUUUUGGGAGAUAGGAAGAGCGUGGUUUGGGGCAGAGAAGGGAAGAAGAGAAGGUUUCUCUUAUUUGCUACUUUCUCCGAUAUUUCCCCCCCCACCCCACCCCUUUCAAGGACAGGAGAGGGUGAAGACUUAGGGGUGAAUUCAGGGUUUCAUCCAGAAGGCUGCUGGAGAAAAAAAGGAAUUGGAGGAAAAGCGGAUGAGGAAGGGCGUUCCUCCCUCUCUUCUCCCUUCUCACCCACUUUGGACCAGCCAAACUUUGUUUCUCCUAUUUACAAGGAGAAUCCCAGCUUCAGUUUGAGAGAAAGACUCCUGCAGACGCCUUUCCCUAUUUCAACCAGUUCUUUUCAAACUUGGCAACUCUUAAAACCCGUGGACUUCUACUCCCAGGAAUGGCUGGCCAGGAGAUGCUGGGAAUU